CUAGAAUUUACAAAAUUUUCUCUUUUUUGGCCUUUGACCUUAGGUUCAAUUGUCGACGUGUGCUUAGCGCCGAUGAAUCUUUAGACUUCUUAUGCGCGAGACACAUGGUGCGAUUUUCCGUGCGAUCGGUCGUACGGCGAGUCGUGUGCGUCUUGCCGCAUGCGGCGAUUCGAGACACAUGGGUACGAAUAGCUUUGCCGCUGAACUCCGCCCACAUUUUUACUCUUUCAUUGUUGCUUGACAAAUUUCGGUGUUCGCCGUGUUGACGUCAGAAACAAGACUAAUAAACUCGUGUAUUUUUAUGUUGAACACAAGAAUUAUGGUUUCUUCUUGUGAAUUAUAAUCUAGUAUGUCAUGGUUCGCCAGAAUAAAUAAUAGUUUGUGAAUGCGACAUAACUAUGCCCUAAAGUUGGACGGAUUCACAUAGAAGUGCUGGCAACUGCGGUCUAGUCGCAGCACGCGCGGGCUCAAUGCUUGGCGAGUAGCGUUGGUGUGUUGGCUUCUUCUUGUUGGCUUCGUGCUAUUCUCGCAAUGGUACACCUCGACCGCCGCAGAAGACUGCUUCUUCUUAAAAAGAAGGUUCUUCUGAUUCAGAAGAAGAGGAAAGCAAAGCGAAAGUGGUGGGUGCGGCCGUCAUGGAGAGACCGGCACACGGAAAGCGAAUAUUUUACGACGAUGCAAAGGAUGCGUAAUGGCGACAUUGAAUACUUCAAGAAGUAUUACCGUAUGACGCCGCAUCAGUUCGAUUUUCUGCUGAGCCUCUUGAAGGAAGACCUCCAGAGAAAGCACGUCGUCAGAGAGCCAAUACUCCCUGCUGAACGACUGGCCAUGACACUAAGGUACCUAUCGUCUGGUGAUGCCAUGCAAGAUAUCGCCCUUUCGUUCAGAGUGGGCAUAUCAACGGCACGCAUGGCUGUCCGGGUCACAUGCCGGGCACUAUGGAGCAGACUGCAGCCGCUCUACAUGCCGAAACCCGAGACUGCCACGUGGCUGAAGAUUGCGGAGGGCUUUGGGCAUACCUGGCAGUUUCCAAACUGCCUUGGGGCUGUUGACGGCAAGCAUGUGCACAUCAAGUGCCCUGCCAAAUCAGGAAGCAUGUACUUCAACUACAAGGGCACUUAUUCCAUUGUGCUUCUUGCUGUGGUUGACAGCAACUACAAGUUCGUUGUUGUUGACGUGGGUGCAUACGGCAAGCAGAGCGACGGGGGAGUGCUUGAGCAGUCCAUAUUCGGGCAGUUACUGGACAAAGGCAAGCUGCAACUUCCCCGGGACCUUCCACUACCGAACACAGCCUUGCCAGCUCCUUGUGUCUUUAUCGGGGAUGAGGCCUUCCAGCUGAGAACCGAUUUUUUGAGGCCAUACCCAGGUCGAGGAUUGGAGGCCAGCAAAAGGGUAUUCAAUUACCGCCUCAGCAGAGCAAGAAGGUGUGUCGAGAAUGCUUUUGGAAUCCUGGUGACCCGGUGGAGGAUCCUCGGAAGACCAAUGGGGGAAAGCCCAGGAAAUGCUGAGCAGGUGGUGAAGGCACUGUGCGUGCUUCACAACUUCCUGAUAGACGUGCGCACAGGGAGUGAUGACUUUUAUUGUUGGCCCGGUUAUGCGGAUUCAGUAAGCUCAUCGGGUCAACGACAAAGCGGCCAGUGGCGGCAAUUACUUGUACAACCACCCAUGCAGGUGGCCCGCACCACGGCACACAACUUCAGUCACAUGGCACGAUAUGUCAGGGACAUAUACUUGCAGUACUUCAACAGCACUGCAGGGCGUGUUUCCUGGCAAGACGCCGUGAUCUGAAGUUGCAGUCUUGGUGUCGUGGUGCCUUUCUAAAAGUGAGUGGUCUUUGUUGAGCUUGUGCAUCAAAAUGCCAAGGCAUUUAGUAGCCACAGAUAAAUUGUCUGCCAAGUCCUCCAUUUUCUUCCAAGGAAGUAGAACGUGAUAGCAACCGUCCUUGUUAGUUAUUGCUUUCUCGAACUGUUGUAGUGUCACUUCACUGUCUAUCAUGCGAUGCUGCACAGAUCGCGAUGUCUAUUUUUCUGGACAACUUUUGGUGUUUUCAGAAGCACAUAUGCUGUCACUGUUUCUCAACACUGAAGUUAAUCGAAGUACUCCAAAAGACUUUGUAACUUUCUCUGCUUUCGUCAUCCGAAGCACUGAGUCAGUCUCUGCUUGAUCCGUUGAUACCACUUAGGAUGCUGUCGUUGGCUUGCCAAGCUCGUGAAAUUUAAGCGCCAAUUCUGACAGCAAGACUCACAAUAGAGUCCCAUGGGUGUAGGCUUGUGCCAAGAGUUUGACUGAGACUUGGUCAUAGAGAUCUCGAAGUUGCCUGACAUUCAAAGAUGACGAGACUGUACCGGAUCUCAAAGGCUUCUAAUGUGCUCUUGAACAAUUAUACUUUCAGCUCCAAAACAUUUCAUGAGAAUAUCUAUGGGGUCCUGAUAGCACUCUUCGGUUGCUUGGAGUACAGAUAUGGCCGAAGUGGCUGCUCCACUGAGUAGUACAACCACCCACGCCAGGUGAACCACCCAUGCCACUCAGGUAAAUAAAAUUGUCCAUAGUGCAAAGCUCUUCCUUAAUGUGCAGGGGCGUCUGUUGUGGUACAGCAUGCAGAUAUUCUAGUCCUGCAGGCAUAGUGCCCAUUGGGCAAAAUGGCCCGAGGUAUUUUUCAAGAACAACAGCCCGCGUAGUGCAAGGUGGUCUGUAACUACAUCAAAUGGACGGCCAUACAAAUAAGGCCGGAACUCAGAGCUUAGAUGAUGGCCAGGCAUUAUUUUUCUCUCGCAGGGUAAUUUGUCUUAGCUUUCGUAAGAGUAUGACUUACAUAAGCCACAACAUAUUCAGGAAACCCUUGUUUGCGCUGGGCAAGAACAUUGCCAAGGCCAGCACCACUGGCGUCUGUGUCGACCUCUGCAGGAGCUGAUAACUCGUGACGGCGAAAAAAGAUGUUGGCAAAAGACAAAGCCUUGUGAAGGCCUCGUCUCUCUCGGACGAUCACGAAGUAAGGAGCCCGUUGCUGCUAAGUCGUUGGUUCACCACUGCAAAGGUGGAGCCUCUCUAAGUUUCCAAGUAGGCUUGUGAUGUCUUCGGUGGUUGAUACCUAUUGGCUGACUGCCAGCAGUUCCAAGGAGCCUGGCUUCCCAUCAGGACAACCUUCACUUUUGCGUCGCUCAAUUUCAGCAAGUUUCCGUGUCACUAUGUGGCUUGUGUCAGCGGUGCACUGCGAUUCUUGAAGUUGGCGCAAUUCAGAGAACACAACAUUACGAAGCUCGUCAACGUGUAGUUUGUGAAAGCGCCAAGUUGUGGAUAGAAGCAGAACACGGGCUAGGCGCUCAAACAGUUAAUCAAAAGUUCACACUUCUGCCAAGGGUACCAAGGCAGAAUCAUGCCACAGCAUGUCCGAAGUACUUGUGCCACCCUUGAUCUCAUCCGCAACAUCGCUUUGCAAAACCGAGUCAGUGGGUUCCUUGCUUUGCUUACGGCACUUCUUGAAAGGUGCGGUGUUGUCAUGCUUCUCAGCUGGCCUUAUUCACCAUUUUUUUUUUCUCUUUCGACUGAUAGCUUGGGCAGUCUGGAAAUAUAGUGGGCACUGUAUAUCUGGAGACGGGUGCUUUCCGGGUUGUGCAAAGCAAGACAUUACCACUAUAGACAGCUUUCCAGGUUUCGUUCACCAAAUGUGCCUUGAAGUAUCGUUUGCAGAGAUGGUCAGUAGAUUGCAGUGUAUAGUAUGGUAUUCCUCCAUACCCAAAGUCGCUCUUCUUUCUGCACAGAGUACGAAAGUUUUCCGGCACACAACUUGUACCCUGCCGUGCAUCGUGGGGCGAAACACUUUUUCUCCAUCGCUUCUAUGGUUGCUCGCACCUCAUAAAUUCACACGGUCAAGGAAAAUUGUCAAGGAUUGCGAAUAGUUUCCCAAAACAAAGGAACAAAGACAUUUCGAUGUCAAACAUGGCCUCAUGGUAGAGCAGACUGAAGUGCUACCCCACAGAUUUACGCCUACUGGUAUAGGGAAGGCGAACUUGUUGGAACAACUUUUCUACGUGGCUGCUCCGCUGCACCUUUGGGCCGACCUGUCAUCUUCCUACAUCGUGGUCAGGGGCUAUAUGAUGCUGGCAAAAUUGCGUACGAAGCGUCUGAAGAGCACAAUAUCAUCAUCAAGCUAGCAGAAGCAUGUGUGCCACUUCAAGCCGUGCAGAACUGUGUCCAUUGUGCACUCAAAAGUGGCGGGCGCAUUACAUAGUCCAAAAGGCAUUGCAUUAAAUUCAUAUAAGCCGUCGGGUGUGACAAAAGCCGUCUUCAGCCGAUCGGCGCCUGCCAUUGGUACUGAUGGCAAAGCAAGAGAUGAAAAGAAUUCUGCACCUUGUAGACUGUCAGUCACAUCUAUGUGCAGGAGAGGAUGGACGUCCUUGCAAGUGAUCUUGUUGAGGUGCUGGUAGUCCACACAGAACCGCAUGGAACCAUCUUCAUAACAUGGACGAUGGAGGAUGGCCAUGGACUCCUAGAUCAAAUUACCUUGCGGCAAAGCAUGUCACUAACUUGUUCAUUGAUGACACGACGUUCUGCAGGAGAUGCACGAUACAGAUGUUGCCGAAGUGGUAGUUUUUUGAGCCAGUGUCGGUACAGUGUGUAACACUUCACGUCCGGCUCAGGGAACAGUGCCCAACAUCGAAAGAAAAAAAUUCUUCUAAGAGGCACAAAAGCUACAAAUGCUGGACCAGUUAAGGCCAUCGACAAUACAACGACCAAACAUACCACUGGGCGAUGUCAGAUGUAAAACUGCACUGAGCGCUGUGUAAAUAGCAGAGUAAUUGUCGUCGGGCAUGUCCAUAACUUGUACGUCGUUGAGUACUUCUACAUUGGUAUAAGACAUUCCCUGCGGAGCCCCAUAACAUGGUAUGGGAAUGGCUUGCAAAUUAAAAUGGUACUGUAGCCCUGUGUGAUGGCCUCUGCCGCAAAACGUAGCAGCAGACCUUUCCUAGUUGUCAAGUGGAUAAGUGGAGACGGUAGUGCAAGAGCAUCUGAAAUUCUGCUGCAGUACAUGGACACGGCCAUUGAUGCAUUAGGAGGAACGUAGGUGGUGGCGUCUUGGACGAGUAGUUUCCUCGAAACUGAAGAUUUCUCAGUGAGCAGUAAAUCUAACAGUGGCGAGAGUUCUGUUUUGGCCUGUGCACAAUGCCGUUGGCUAAUGGCAUUGUGGCGUGAGAGCAAAUCCUAGCCAAGGAUGUCAUGAGAGCACGGGGGAAGGAUGAAUUCUCUGUUGUAUAGAAUGUUGUCAAUAACAAGCAGUGCAAGCCGCCAAGGAGUUCAUGUGCUGAGUACUAACUUUACAGAGGGACAGCCAAGAAAGGGGCACCGUAACUUUCUGAAGUAAGCUACAAAGCUUAGUGUCCAUAACACAUACGGUGGCUCCUGUUUCCACAAGUGCAUAUGCGCGAGUUGCGAAUGUCAACAAAACAAAAAUGUUUGGGAGUCUGCAUUGAGGACUAUCACAUUUCAACGGUGCUUCAGCCCUUGCCUCUACGACUGUGACGAUUAGUUUUACUCCUCCCGAGUUAGGGGUUGAGGCCGAAUUGGUGACAGUGAAUGGCAGGUAGUUGGCAUUGGGCACAGUGUCGGCGACAUAGCCGACGGGGAGUCGUAACACAGAUGGUUGGCCGGCUUGUCACUGGUGGUGUGGCGCUGCGCUGCUGCUGUACAUGGUUACAAAAGUGUGCAAAAUGACUGGCAUAGCCGCACGCAAAGCAAAUUGGUCAGUUGUCGGGAGUACACCACCGGUUUUUGCUGGGGCAGGUCCCAUCCAUGCCCAGAGGAUGCAUAGUACGAGGCAGCUGCUUAUGACUGCAUGGCAGGCUGCAAUCGGGACCUAGCCACGACGUUGGUAUAACGGAUAGGCAUACCCGGAGAUAGAGGUUGGGUCCUUGCAACGACUUCAGCAUAGCCGAGUGGUGCAUUUACCGCGACCUGUUGGGGCGUCGGAACAACUACAGCGUAGCUUAGUGGUGCAGCCGCAGGAAGAUGUUGGCGCUGGUCUGGCAAGAUCUCGUCAAUUUCUUGCUCGAUUGUGUGAUGGAGCGGAAGCAUAAGAUUUGAGGUAGGCUGCUUUAUGUGCAGCGGCUGAGCGAUGGUCAUCAAAGAGAGCUGGCGUGCAACUUCCUGACAAACGCUUUCAUUUCUGCUAGCAGAGCUUAUUGAUCAGAGGUGGUAGCCAAACCAGCAAUGUGUUUAUUGCACAAUGAAGGGCAACGUGUCAAUGAGCGCUGCCUGUGGAGCUCCUCGUAGCUUUGGCUUAGAGUGAUGAUGUUAGUCACGGACUAAGGAUUCUUUGCAAGUAGCGUUGAAAGUAUCAUCCUCUAUUUCUUUCAUGACACUUCAGGUUUUGUUGGACUCCACCAUUGCUGCAGCGACUCUGUUGCAGAAGUCCAGGACAUCUGCAAUGCAGCUCAUAAAUGAUUCACCCGGCUGCUGUGUACAUUCUUCCAAACGCGACCUUCAAUGCAGAUUGCGCACAGCAAGGUGGCCAAACACAGCCACUACACAGGUGUUGGACAAGGACCGCAUUAAAAAAUCGGUCUCAUGGUUGUGUCAAAGACUGGCCACAACCGCAAGAUAGAAGAGCACGUUGCUCAGUUUGGUGGGAUUGCCCCAUUUGUUGUGGGCACUUAUCGUCUCGUAUGACAUCGGCCAGUCCUCCACGCCAGUGUCUUCCAUGCCGCUGAAAAUGGCAAAGUCCCUGUGGUGAGGCAGGCACACCAGCGCACGACCGACUGGGGAGGCGCUUUCUGGGAUGCGUCUUCAGGCAUGGCUGAGCGUACGGUACGGGAUCAAAGUUCCAGGAUUGAUUUUGUAAGCCAAAGCACUCUCCAUCUCUUGUAAAGGUGUUUAUCACCAGUGUUUGGGCCGACCGUCAUAGUAGGGCACGAACUCGGCAUGGGAAGUGUUCCUCGAGCACACCACUGGAGGUUGACCCACUAGAAAGUGCUGGAGAGGAUGGCCCACUACAGCGUUUUUCACCACACUAUAGGUUAAGUGUGCAAUUUAAAUUUGACAGCGCUUUCUUUAGAGAAGAAAAUAAGAGUUUUGAGACAUGGAGAGGCAAACUGUAGUUGGUACCAACUACAAGUUUACAACUGUGGAAUGCAACACUUGUGCUAUAUGUUGCCAAGUCUUCUAAAUCACGGAUUCUAUCAAUUUCAAUUUGUUUUUGUGCUUCAAGCAAGUUUCAUGAGAAAGUUAACGCGAGAGCAUAAUUUCAUAUACAUGAUGUCUCCAUUGUAUUUGCAACCUUGUUUAAUGAUGUAAUCUGAUGAAAUUUUUAAUAAAGCUGUGUUUCUGUGAA